AGACAGAGCUCUCGCAGCGUUUCCCCAAAACCAUCGAGACGACGUUUGCCUGUCGACGUAUGCGCCAUUCGUCAUGGCUUCUCGAGGCCAGCCGUACACGCUAUGCGGUUUUAGCGAGGAUCUGGACUGGCGACCUUUGCACUUUCUAGAGCCCAUUCCGGCGCACAGACUAUGCAACGCGUGUGGUGUGCUGCCCAGAGUGACCGUUUUUCUGCCUUGCCGACACGUGCUGUGCAAAAGCUGCUACGAGCAGUGCGUACUCGACGACGGACACGCCUGUCUACUGGACGGCGACCAGUUUCUUUCGGAAGAGGCUGAGUGCAGAGACUUUCCUUUGAAGAACCUGCUCAAGCGGAAGGUAAAAUGCUGGAACGAAGAACGUGGCUGCGACAUGGUUUUGGCUGCGUCAGCGCUGAACAAGCAUUUUUGCAAUGACUGUGACCACCACGCUACGUCGUGCCCUCAAUGUUCCAAUCUCGUGCUCCGUAGUAAUGUGGCCGCGCAUUUACAGAGCAAAUGCCGAGAUCAUGCGGUGUCUUUGACAUCCGGGGCUCUAGAAAAGUCGAACAGUGAUCAAAAAGCAAUGAUGUUGGCUCUCAAUGCAAGCUUAGACGUGCGAGUGGUAGAAAUGAAAGACAGGCUAGACAAAGUUAUCAGUGAUCAUAUUGCGCAAAGUGACCGCCUAAGUGAGAUUUCACAUUGUAUGAACACGGUCAGAGAAACACUGCUGCAAAGAUCAAGCGAAAGUAGUACAUUGGACCACCUUGCUUCCCAAUCUGCAGUUACCUUAUACUCAGUUAAGGCAGUCGAGAAAACAUUGAUUGACCACAGAGGAGAGGCACGUUUGCUUGCAGGAAAUAUAUCAGAUUCAAUAAAAGAGCUCAAGGAAGGUUUAGAAUACACUAAGCAAACUGUCAACAACCUGAAAGAAAACAAUACAGGAAGCACGUUGCAAGCGGAGUUGAGGGAACUGUUGACUGCGGAUAGCGAUGUGAACAAGAAAACUUGCGAAGGUGUUAUUGCGCUGAAGGAAGCCCUCGGAAAAGUGUUGGACGAUGCGGCAAGGACAAUCUGCAGAAAGUGCGCAGGAAGUGUUGCUGGCAUUGGUGAAGUGAAGGACGCUGAGAAGGAAGGAGGACCGAGCGCAUUGAAUAAAGAAAAAGAACUGGCCUCAAACACAAUCAACAUUAAGCGAUAUGAGUUUCUUGCUAAGGGAUACAAAGCAAUGAAAGACAGCGCCUAUUCAGACGGCUUUCAUCGUUACUCGAGUGAGAAGAUAUACAUCUAUGGCUAUCACCUGUCACCGGGAGUGCGCUUUAAUAAAGAGGGAGAUCAUGUGUUACUGCAUCCUUGUGUUCAGCUGCACAAGGGUGUGAUCGACGAAUUUCUUCAGUGGCCUUUCAAUGAGAACAUUCAGCUGACCAUCAAACAUCCAUCCGAAAGCAAACAGUGCCAGACGGUGUGGGAUACUAAGGGUGCGCUUGUGUACUUUGGAAGACCCGAAGAAUCGAGUAACACAGGCGCUUAUACCGACUGUUGUUCAUUUCCGUUAGAUGAUCUGGAACGUGAAGGCUACGUAGCGGACGACAAGCUUCAUAUUGUGUGGGAGCUUCUUCCGAAAGUAGUAGCAAAAUAAUUUAGAGGGGGAUGAUACAUAAAUACAACAAAUACACAUGCCGUUACAUUUCCUAUCAACAAACGUCGCUCUUCCAGAUACCUUUCUUGACAGCAAAAUAAAGCUUCUUGCUCAACUUUGUUCAAUAAUAUUUCAAAAUGUACGUAUCUACACGACAUCGCUUUACUCUGAGUUUAUAAAAUCGACCCAGAGUCGGGUAAUGUUCCUU